AUGAAAACACCAGACGACGCAUUAUUAUGUCCUAUUACACUUGAACUAUUUCGGAAUCCUGUUGUGGCACAAGAUGGCCAUACAUAUGAGAGACAAGCUAUUGAAGAGUGGAUACGAAAAUAUGGCACAAGUCCUCUUACUAACCAACAACUAUCAUUAGAACACUUAGUUUCAAAUUAUGCUAUAAAGAAAGUAAUUGAUCAUUUUGAAACUUCAUCAGUCGGUAAGAAUUUCCAGUAUAUACUUGAUAAAGAUGUGAAGAAGAAAAAAGGUCGACCACUUUUUCAAACUUGUGGAAAAACUAUUUAUCAUGCAGAAUGGUUACCAACGAAUAAUAAUCGUCCAGAGGUAGUUUUAUUAAAAAUUGAAGGUGCUCGUGCAAAUAAAGAAGCAUCAUUUUAUGUUGACCUUAGUCGUCAUCCGCAUAUCGUUCGAACUUUUGGUUUAGUACGUGACGAUGGUGAUGAUAAUAGAAGUUCUAUUAUGAUGUUACAAGAAUAUGCAUCUGAAGGUAGUCUUUACGAAAUUUUAACCGAACGUAAAAACCCAUUGGAAGAAGAAAUUUUAUUAGAGAUAUUUUUACAAAUUAUUGAUGCAAUGAGUUAUUUAGCGUUAAAUAAUGUGGUUCAUGGUGAUUUAGCAUGUCGUAAUGUACUUGUGUUUCGUUUUGAUGAAAAAAAUCCAAGAAAUAUUGUCGUAAAAGUAACAGAUUUUGGACUAAGUCGCUAUAGUAAAAUUUAUAGUCAAACGAUCACUGCAGCACAAACAGUAUUAAAUAUUAUCCCAACCCGGUAUUGUGCACCAGAAAUACUUUCAAACAAUGUAUCCAUGAAUGAUUACACGGAACAAUCUGAUGUAUACUCAAUGGGUGUAUUGAUGUGGGAAGCAUAUUCUCGAGGUGCUAUACCUUGGACAAAUAUUGAAAGUAACGACGAUGUUAUUCAAAAAGUUCGAAAUGGUGACAUGUUACCUCAGCCAAAAAAUUGCAGCUCAAAGUAUUGGAAUAUUAUUACUAAAACAUGGGCUAAAUUACCCAAUCAACGAUCAACAUUUAAUCAAUUGAAAGAACUUUUUAAAGAACAACCAUAUCAGACUACAACAUCAGUAGACAAACUAAGUACAUCUAUGUCCCAUUUACCAAUGGAUAUGACACCAUCGCUUCACGCACAACUUAAUAAUAAUAGCUCACCAUCAUACUAUAAACGACACAAUGGAUCUCCAGCUCAACAAUAUAGUUCACUAGACCUACCAUCAUACAAUGUUUCUUUACGCAUACCAGCAUACUAUAAACCAGACAAUGGACCUCCAACUCAAAAAACUACUUCACCAGGAGCUGCCAACAACACUGACAUUGAUCAUGAAACAGACUCUAUGCAUCUAGUAGGCACACAAAUUAGUAUCAAUAAACAAAAAUGUAUAGUCAAAGGAAGAGUCAAUUGUAGUACUGAGGAACUAUAUGCACUAGAAAGUGAUAAACCACUCUCUGGAUAUGAUGGACUAUGUCCAAAAUGUCGUACAGAUCAUGUAUACUUCGAUGAUCCAAAUAAAGGCUUUUACAUGUCGGUGAAAAAUGCACAUGAUAUAGUUAACAAACAAAAACUAGAUAAUGAACGUUCAGCAUCAACAUUUCCAAAAAACAUUUCACCAUUACCAAAUAUAGUUGAUAAUCUACCACCACUUGAUCAACCCAUACUUGGUAAAAAUAAAGGUAUUGAAGGUGAUUCAAAUUCAACUUAUAUAGAUGCAACUAUCUUUUGCAUGUUUGCAUAUAAUAAUGUAUUUGAUAAACUACUUCAUAUGGAAGUCAAAACAGAACC